AUGGGCCACGACAAACGCGAGUCCGAGUCCGCCACCGAGGGCCGCCCGGGGCCGCCCAGGGCCGCCGUGGGCCCCAUCGCCAAUGUUGCUGCUGUUAGUGUUGCUGCUGUUAGUGUUGCUGCUGUUAGUGUUGCUGCUGUUAGUGUUGCUGCUGUUAGUGUUGCUGCUGUUAGUGUUGCUGCUGUUAGUGUUGCUGCUGUUAGUGUUGCUGCUGUUAGUGUUGCUGCUGUUAGUGUUGCUGCUGUUAGUGUUGCUGUUGUUAGUGUUGCUGCUGUUAGUGUUGCUGCUGUUAGUGUUGCUGCUGCUAGUGUUGCUGCUGCUAGUGUUGCUGCUGCUAGUGUUGUUGCUGCUAGUGUUGUUGCUGCUAGUGUUGCUGCUAGUGUUGAUGCUGCUGGUGUUGCUGCUAGUGGUGCUACCCCGGCCGUGGAAGUCGUCGCGGUGCUCGUGGCGGUGCUGGCGGGGCCGGCGCUGUCCGCGCGGCAAGAAGGGUCGUGCCGGUUCCCCAGCCGCUGGGAGGGCCAGUGGUUCCAGAGCGGCGUGCGGCAGGGCAUCACCAUCCUGCACAACCGGCUGAGCAACAAGGGCCGCUGCGUCGCGUCGGACGGCGAGAAGUACCUCGUCGUGGACGAGAAGGGCUCCUGCUUCCGCUGCGUCGUGAUCCACGAGAAGCACAUCAACGUCCUGCAGUACAAAGAGACCUUCUGCCAGGGCCACACCAGCCUGGACCAGCUCUGCAAGCUCAUCACCGGCGACGCGCUGCUCUUCUCCAUGUUCCGCCUGGGCGGCUCCCCGGUGGCCUGCCCGUUCCGCGGCCCGCUCGCCUUCACCUACAACCGCGGCCACGGGGACUGCCGCUCGCCCAUGUCCUCCGUGGAGGCCUGCACCCAGGAGUCGCGGCUGCUGCUGCGCUACCAGGCCUGCCCGGACGUCUACGGCACCGAGAGCACCGCGGAGGAGCUGCAGUGCCUGGCGACGUGGAAGGAGGGCUCGGCGCGCUACCUGGUGGGCAAGGUGCACCACUCGCACGCCACCUCCAACGAGGACCGCUUCCGCUGCUUCGUGUACGAGCAGGUCAACUCGGGCAACUCGCUGGCCGGCAACGGGCUGGCCGUGGGGCUGGGCCUGGACGACGAGGCCGGGCUGGGCGGGCUGGCCGGCAUGGGCGGCAUGGGUCGCGGCCACGACGCGGGCGUCGUGUUCCGAGUGGCGCAGAGCGGCGACGCCACCUGCAACGGGCUGUCCUCGGACAUGGAGGGCUCCAGGACCAUGACGCUGUACAAGGCGGAAGCCACGGCCCCGCCCCGGUGCAAGUUCCCCGGCUGGCUCUCUGCGCACUCGCACUGGCUCACGCUGGACUACCGCCGCUCCUACUCGCUGCACCAGAAGAACACCAGCCUCAAGAUCUCCAACUUGACUGCCGGUUCCGAUAUGGAUGACGUGGACCUGGACGGCAGGGACGGCGGCCGCGGUGGCUCGCGCGGCCCCGGCGUCGACAUGCUGGACCCCGUGGUGGCGGCCGCCACCGGCAUGGACCCCCAGGACAACCAGCACGACGAGAUGAGGGUGACGUGCACCGAGGCCAAGACGGAGAACGACCGCACCGCCCACAUCGUGGCGCACUUUACCAUGGGCUGCCAGAGCGGCUUCCUGUGCAUGCAGUUCUACCGGCGCGACAGCCACGUCGUCGAGGUGCAGACUGGCGCGCAGACCCGGCGCCAGGAGGACGCCUGCCUGCCCGCCAACUUCGACCGCAACACGCUGCCCUUCGUCACCCUCGUCACGUCCAUGCCCGAGCCCAAGCAGUGCCCCUACCUCGGCAAGUUCAGCGUGUCCGGGCUGCUGCGCGAGGAGCGGCGCGCCCGGUCGGCCGGCCCGUCCCACGGCCGCUCCUCGGCGGCCACCUCGGGCCGCUGGUACCGCCGCGCGCUGCAGGAGUACAACCCGGAGGACGACGACGGCGGCUUCGGCGAGGAGGACGAGGAGGAGGACGAGGGCCCCGACGGCGCGUACGGCGCGCCCCGGGACGUGAGGCGGCGCCCGGCCGGCAUCGACGAGCAGCAAGAGGAGGCGCGGCUCUUCAACAAGAAGAAGAAGCAGCAGGACGAGCGGGACGCCCGCAUCAAGGCCGACCUGGCCAUGCGGCAGGAGUGGCUGCAGAACCAGCAGCAGCAGCAGCAGCAGGAGGGCAAGAAGCUGCCCGUCGGGGACUCCGCGCUCGGCGGCUCCAGCCACCGCCGCAGCCACCUCAGGAGCCACUCCAAGCGCAGCAGCGGCCACAAGGCCGUCAUCGAGGUGGCCGCUGCCGCGGGCGACGACGACGACGACGAGGACGAGGAUGAAGACGAGGACGAGGACGACGAGGAUGACAUCGACGACGAGGACAUGGACGGUGCCAUCCCGGACCCGAGUGACCUCCACGUCGACAAGAUGCCCGCCAUGCACCGGCCCGCCAUCGUCAAGAGCAACGCCAGCCCGGGGGCCGGCUCCUCGAACAAGGCGAGCGUCGACGUCCCGAGCCAGGGCGCUCCGGGCGCUCCGAGCCGCCCGCACAGCCAGGGCGGCCGCUUCCGGCCGCACACGCCGGAGUACGGCAACAUCGACGACCUGCUGGAGCCCAGCAAGUCCAGCACCCACUGGGGCACCUACCCGAGCGACGAGAGGCUGCUGGAGCUGGACAGCAAGAGCUCGUCGAUGGCCAACUCCAAGUCGGGCCGCGGGCGGCGCGUGCGUGGGCUGGCGAGGCACAGCCACGGCGCGCACGCCGGGGACGACCACGCGGAGCACAGUCACGGCCAGGGCCAGGGCCGCCGCGUCCGCCGGGGCUUCGGCUACGAGGGCGCCCUGGCACUGGGGCUGGGCGGCGUGGACCCCUGCGAGCGCGAGCACGCCGGCACGGGGCCCGGCGCCGCCACCGCCACCGGCGCCCUGCACCUCUUCAUGGGCUGCUCCACGCAGGACACGAUGGAGUUCAGGAGGGACUGCGGCGCGCCCGAGCCGGACGUCGUGUCAGCCUACACGUGCCACGGCCGCUGGGAGCAGAACGGCACUCACUUCCUCAUCACCAGCCCGCUGCCGCGGUCCUCGCGGGGCGCGCGCCGGCUCUGCUUCGCGUACCGCGAGCACCAGGGCGUGCUGCACUUCUCCUCGAGCGGCGAGUCCUGCCCGCGAGUGGCGCCGGGCUACGGCGGGUCCAGGGGCAACGCCAACGCCGCGGGCAUGGGCCUGAGCAUGGGCAUGGCCAUGUCGCACGCCUCGGCGCCCGCGCCCUUCACCUUCAACGUCACCAGCUCAGGCGAGUGCUCGGACACCAGUCGAGGCACACCCACCGUGUCUGCGAGCAGAUUGCUGUCGUCGUGCGUCGCCGCCCUUGUGAUAUUAAUGGCUACCCUGAGGUGAUGGUCGCCCUUCCCUUAGCCAGUUACUCUGAGGGAAGCACAAAUGUUUCUAGAGUAGGUAAACGAAUGUCAGUUUGUUUAGUUUCUAUCUUGCAGUGUGAUGUGUAUGACAUUAUGAGCACCUCUCUCUCUAUCUCUCGUCUUUUGUUUCGUAUUUUAAUCUUUUCAUUUGAUGCUUUGAUUUGCCAGUGCUCAUUUUAGGGCAGUCUGGCAGUAUGUCUUCUAGUUAGUGUACAUGACUACCUGAGAAAUUAUGUAAUGUUUUGUAUGUUCUUCUUAACUUUAACUUCAGAAAAGGGUUUAUACAAUGAUGCGAUCAUGUGAUAUUGACACUUCUUUGCUGAGGAGGAGUCAGGACAGUUUAUUCUGAAUCUUGUAAAGGAAUGAAUUUGUAAAUCUAUUUAGAACUUCUACAUAUUUAUCACAUUUGUUUUGUGUUUUUAGUCUGUUCCUUUUGGGAGUGGGUUGGAUGUAGAUAAAGCAUUUAUUACCAAUAUCAUAGAUUAACAUUGUAUGAAUGAAUAAGAAAGUUUUUACGGGUGAAAACAAAUUAAAAGGAUAAUAGUCAUGGUGUGUAAAUAACAGAUCAUUUUGGAGUAAAUGUUUACUAUUAUUAAGUGCCACUGUAAAACGCUGCUUUGCAGGCAAUAUCAUUGAGUCAUUUGAGUAUAGUUUCAUUCAUACUGAGGAGACUCUAACCAGCCAGCAAAGUUAUUAAAAUUGUGAUAUUAAUUUUGAGAUAGGUUCAAACUUUGUAAGAAAAUUUCUGUAGGGAAAUUUUCCUGAUCUUAAGAGAGAAGAGGUUGUCAACUAUGGCUGAAUAUUAUAAGAAUGUGAGUAUCUGCAAUAGAAGUCUUAUGGUGCUAGAAAAAUUGUCUGAUCACUUUGGAGUGGUUAAGUUACAAUUAGCUUUUUGGAACCGUUGUUUGUGAUUUGGUUGUAGAGUCAGACUAUCUGGGAAACAGGUACAGCACUUUCUCGUGGCAAUAAUAGGAUAAACAGGUGGAGAAGUUGAUCACAAAGUAGGACUGUGUGGCAUGCUCAUGUCCUGUCUUAAUGAGUAAAAGUUUCAUUUAGAAGAAUAUAAGAGCAAAUAAGUACUUUUGUUUUCCGCACUCUUAUGUUUACCACUCACUCAGGAAGCAAAGAAUUUCACUGAGCGCACAUGAAUUUUAAUUAAGUUCACUUAAAUUGUGAGAAGACUAUUCUGUUAACACUGUUAAAAUAUGAACGUAUGUUUGAAAUGACUAAAAGCAACAGUCUGUGAGAUCAGUUUAUUUUAAGACAUUUUUCGAUAGAAAUUUAUAAAUAACAGUGUUAUCAAUAUUCAUAGCAUUCUAUUAUUAUGAAUAUAGUGCACUUUUGUACUAUGGUAUUGUAACUUUUGGAGGUAGGUACUUUUCAAUUACUUCAAAACCCUGAAAACUAAGCAAUAAGUUAUUUAUGUCAUACAUAAUUUCAAGUUACCCUUGCUUUGUAUCCAUGCAUUGAUAUCUUUCAGGGAGUGAAAUUUCUCUGAUUUAGUUAAAAUUAAUUGGCAUGAAUCAUUUAUUUUCAGAUUUCUUUGUAAGAUAAUUUGUAUCUUCUUGAAGAGGUUUAAUAGUGAAAUGUUUGUGCCUAUUGUUUUUGUUCUUCCAACUUUUUUUUAUUUUUUAAAUUAAGUUUGGAUCUUUAUGUUACAAGCUUGAUCUUUGUUGCUAUGAAGAAAAAGUAGGUCAUCCAUUGCGAUGAAAUCAUUCUUUGUUAAGAGAUGGAAUCAAAAUGUGUUAAGAGGUGUGAGCAUGAUUGAGGGUGCAAAUUGACCAAUUUGGAGACAGGCUGAAAUACUGAGUAGGAAGGGUGGUUUGAUUGUUCUACGUACCUGGUGUCAUACUUGAGAAAUAUUUGUACUGGUGAUUAUGUUAGGAAUGAAUACUUCAAUGCAAUGAACCAAGCUGGCUUUUUAUCACAAAUACAUACUAUUGAAAAAAUUCCUUUUGAGUUUACAUUUUAUCUACACCACAAGAGUUUUCUCAUUUAUGAAAUGAACUGGUUUGUUUCAGUUUUAAGAAAAGUAGUAAUGUCACUGUGAAACACAAUCAUUUUCAUGAUAAAAUGUGCUUCUAGUGUGAGUGAAGAGUGAAAGAAGUUAUGUGUGUGCAUGGGUGGGGGAUGCAUGUGAAUACUGGAAACAAAUGUGUGAGCAAUGGAAUUCUGAUAGAAUAUGGGUGUGCAUAUGGGUCUGUUGGUGUGAUUGACUGCAUUCACUAUGUUAGUUAUUGUAUAUAGCUCAUUGUAUUGUAUAGUGUUAUGGUUUUGCUACAACAGCAAACGAUCAAAAUGAAUGAAAUUGUUUAGAGACAAAAUGUUAUCUGGUGCUGUUGAAAUUCCCUGUGGGGAGGAUAGGCAAGUGCUGUUUGUAAUGAACUAAUCAUUAGUUGAUCUUUUAUUAUGAAGUUAUAUGUUAUUUACUUUGCGAACAAAAGCACAAGUUUUCUUAGUUUCCUUUUCUAAUAUUAUUUUUACUGGACAAAGUCUUGUAGCUCUCUUUUUCUAAAAUGUAGUUACACAAGUAAUGAAAGUGCACAUAUUAUGCUGAUCAAAACUGCAAAAAAAGAAAAAUGCUGUCACUGAUGACAUACAGCAGUAAUAAAAGUAUAUUUAUAUAGCUGCUUAGAAAGGGUACAUUUUAAGAACAAUUAUCUCGAGCAAUAAACUAAGACUUGCUGUGGAAAUGAUUACAUAUGGAGGGAAUCCAUUGUUACUUUGUUGUAUGUUCCAAUAAAUGUGACUUUCUCAAAAUUUAAACAUGA